AUGUCUCAAUAUCCUUGUACAAUAACUGAAUGUCCACGUAUAUCAAGAGUAUUAUGUUAUUGUUGUAAAAAUAAUUAUUGUAUUGAACAUUUAAAAGAUCAUAAUGAUAUAUAUUUAUCUCAAUUAUAUCAAUUAACAAAUGAUAUAAAUAAAUUAUCGGAAUAUUUUCGUGGACAAUAUCGUCAACAACUUGAUCAAUGGCGACAUGAAUCACAUCAAACAAUUGAUUUAUAUUAUGAAAAAAAAUGUCAAGAAUUAGAUAAUAAAAUUAUACCAAAUGAAAUAUUAAAUCAAAAUCGUCAAGUUAUUGAAUGGAUUAAAUUAAAAAUUAGUCAACUUAUACGUGAACAAAAUACAACACAAGAACAAAUUGAUUCAUUAAAAGCUGCAAUAAAUGCUGUUAAACGUGAAAUUGAACAUAUAUUAAAAGAAAAUUUUCAAUUAAAUAUACCAUCAUUAAUUCUUGAUGAAAAUUUUAUUCAAAUAGAAAAUUUUAAUUUAAAUUCAACAAUUAAAUCAUUAUUUUUAACAAAAAAUUUAAUAACAGAUAAUUCUAUUGUAAUGACAAAUAGUUCAAAAUAUUUUUUAAUUAAUCAACAAUCAAAUUUAUGUUUAUAUGAUAAAAAUUUAAAUAUAAUUAAACAAAUUCGAUGGGAAUAUGGUUGUAUAUGGGAUAUGUGUAUAUUUGAUAAUCUUUCAAAAUUUAUUCUUGUUUCAGAAAAUGGAAUAUUUACAUUAGAUGAACAAACAAUGAUAAUUGAACAAAUUAAAAAUUUAUCAAUAUUAAAUAAAUUUUGGUAUUGUUGUACAUGUUCAGAUAAAAGUUUAUUUUUAGCUACACAACAAUUAAAUACAACAAUAUAUGAAUAUAUUUUAAAACAAAAUAAUUUUUUAUUAAAACGACAACAAAUAUGUUGUUCAAAUAACGAAUAUAUUGAACAUAUGAAAUCUACAAAAGAUUUAUUAGCUUUAAUUAUUUUAAAUGAUUUAACUAAUGAAAGACAUUUUAAUAUGCGUUCAAUAUUAACAUUUGAUCAACUUUGGACUAUUUCACUUUCUAUAAAUGAAAAAAUCAAUAUUGUAUCAUGUUGUUCAUUAAAUGAAAAAGGUUGGUUAAUUGUUGAUAUUGCUCAAACACGUCUUAUUUAUAUUAAUAAUCAAGGAUAUAUUAAACAAAGUAUUACAUAUAAACCAUCACCUCACUAUGCUGUUCAAUUUGAUGAUAAUAUUCUUGCUAUUUUAACUGAACAUGGCAUUAAUUUACAUAAAAUACAAUAA